AUGGCGAACAAGGUGCUUCUGGCCUACGUGGCCGCUGAUAUGGUCUUCUUAAUCACUGGAGCCAUUCUUAUCGGAUAUUCUCUUAUCAACCAGAACGCCAUCAAUGAGGCACCGAAGGAAGGGGUGGAUGCCGCCAUCAAGUUGCUCACGAAGCAAUUCCCUCUGACCGCUGGUAUCGUUAACGCCGUCUUCAUCUUCGUCACCUUUCUCUUCACCAUUCCGGGCAUCAUCACCCCAACCCGUGGCUGGCUCAAGGUCUCGGGAUACCUCGUCACUUUCUGCGGCCUCUUCAGUCUGGUUCUUGGUACCUACCUCUGGGUUUUGACCCUUACUACCAAGGCAGACUUUGGCAAGCUCUGGGUUACUGCCGACCCCAAUGUCCAGGAGCUCAUGCAAACUGCCUUCAAAUGCUGUGGAUACUUUAACAGCACCUCUCCCGCCUUCAUCACCGACAUUCAGUGCCCCAGCCCCGCUGCUGCUGCUCUCCAGCGUGGGUGUGCCGCCCCGAUUACGAGUUUCGCCAACGUCUUCGUCGACAACAUCUUCACCGCCGUAUUUGGCAUGGUCGGUAUCGACGCCCUCCUUGUCGUUUGCACUGCCAUGCUCGUCAAGGACCGCAAGGAGCGCGAGCGCUAUCGCCACAUCGAUGAGAAGUCGGGAUACCGUGGAUUCUAA